AAAAACGACCCGAGAGAGAAUAAGAGAGUAAGUAAUAGCGAGAGAAUCAGAGAGCAAGUGCGAGCGAGAUGGCAAAGCCAUAUAAACCAUGAUAGCAAUAAAAGCUAGACGCUGAUUGAGUUCAGGUCACACUGCAGUUGCUCUUGGAAAUAUACAUUUAAUUUUGCAUAGGUAAAGAAUACAUUAGAGAAAUUGUUAAAGCUUUCAGAUUCGUAUCAUAUUAACUAAGAUUUCAAUAUUUAAAUUUAGUUUUAAGUUAAUUUAUAUUAACAUAAAAUAUAAUACAGAAAGCAUGAACUUUAAAAGUUGCUUAGCUAAAAGCUUCUUAAAGCUUUCUGCAUACAUAUACUGUAUAUACUGUGAGCAAAGCUCCUUGUAGAUCUCAAUAAACUCAGGAUAUUGGGUAAGAUAGGCAGUAUAACAAAUUGUGUGAAAUAUUUUUUAAAGCACAUCCAUUCGAAUUAAUUAUUAAUUAAUAAUCCUAACACUAAUCUAAUCAAACUCUCCCUUCUCUCACAUGGUAUACGAGCAAAAGGUUCAACUAUUCCUAAUAGAUCAAACUUACAAAUUCAUAUCUCUCUCAAGUCAAGGCUUAGUACUAAAAGGAAAUUCAUAUCUCUUUCGGUUUAGACUACAUAAAUAGUAUGAGCUUUUACCACUACAAGAUAUGCAAUGCUACAAAAUGAAUUUGAUUCAAUUUUUCUCUUUUAUGAUAUUUGCAAUUUUCAGCUGAAGUCUGGCAAGUCGCUCAACUCUUUGGCACAGAAUUGUAACAAGGGCAGCAAAACAAAUGGCUCAAGUAACCCAAGCCCAAAAAGCAAGUUACGCAAAACAUCAGCAGCAGCAGCAACAGCAACAGCACCAGCAGCGGCAACAACAAAAGCUACAGCAACAAUAAGAGCAGAGUCCAAUCAUCUGGGCCAACAAACCAGACAACCAGAGAACCUGACAACCAGACAACCAACAGACAAACGACACGACGGCCAUUUGCAUUGACUGCCAUUGUUCAGAGUGGAUAAAGAAAACUGUAGCAUGCUCUAUCUCCCUUACACACACAUCUGUGCGAGUGUGUGUGUAAGUGUGUGUGUGUGUGUGUGUGUGUGUGAAAAUUGAAAAUUGAGUGAAGCAGUUUUAUGAUGUUGCUUUGUAUUAUAAAUCAAACACGAGGCGGAGGGGAGAUGAAGGAGGAAGGAGGGGUAAGAGACACACGUAAUUGUUGUUGUGCAACUGAUAAACGCGAAAAGCUAACAACAACAACAGCUCGGAAGAGACAUCCGCCAAAGUAGGCUAGGGAAAACUGUGGGAAAAUGUGGAGCAGCACAGGGAAAUGGGCAAAAUGUAAAUUGUGAAAAGCCAAUGCUAUAGACGCUGCGGGUAAGCAAUGCAAAUAUUUGCUGGAAAAUAACCCGUAAGUAAAUAUGAGAAUUGAAGCGAAGCGGAAUGUGUGUCUGAAUAUAUAUGUGUGAGUGGGUGAGAAUGCGUGUCUGUGCCUGUGUGUGUGUGUGUGUGUGUGUGUGUGUGUGUGUGUAUGUCAGUCAACAAAGGACAUUGGAUAGCUGGAAGCGGUCAUUGUUGUUAUGCUUGUUGCGGCUGUUGUUGCGGUGUCACAGCAGCCGACACUUUGCAUGCUCGAGCCCAGUUGGAUGCCAGCAAUACAAACAGAAAACCGGAAACCGGAUAAAGCAUAACGGAUAUAUGUAUGUGUGUGUGUGUGUGUGUGUGUGUGUGGGAAAAAUCUGUUACUGUUACGGAUAUAUGUUCGAGAUGCGGCAUCUCUGCUAGUAGCUAGUCAGCCAGCCAACCAGCCAACCAGCUAGUCAGUUGUAUGCCAAAGCUAAUUAGCUAAAUCAACAAUAAAAGUUUAACAAUUACUGUUGCACAACUGUAAAGCAGCUCUAAUGAUGAUGAUGUUGAUAAGCAAACAAAUUUCCAUUGCCCCCUCUUGCCCACUCUAAAAUGCCAAAAAUGUUGUUAACAGCUUGAAUCGGAUUAUUGUUGUUGUUGUUGUUGUUGUUGUUGUUGUUGUUGUUGUUGUUGUUGUUGUUGUUGUUGUUGUUGUUGUUGUUGACUGAGGACCCAAGUAAAUAAAGACCAUGUAAAAUCUGUCACACAGAUCUGUCGUUAUGUAUGAGUUGUUUUUUUUUAUGGUGAGGGUGGGCGGGGGGGCAUUAUAUGAGGGGUCAUGUGCUAUAAUUGUAUUUUGUAAACCCGACUUGUUGCACAUACAUAUUUUUCAUGAACUUUUUUAAUGGCUAUGCCCAUGAUGAGUGAGACAUUAGAUGGGUACUUCACAUCAAAUAUUAUAUCAUUAACGGCAUCAGAAAUCACUUAUAAAAUCAUUAGACUAAACUCAAACAGAGCUGACUGCAAACUGGAACAGUUCGCUGUACAUUAUGAACUGCAAUAGACGUGUGCUGCGAUCUCUGAUACUGUUAGCCAUUGUCCAGCUGGCUCAGCAGUACUGCUAUUACCUGAAGCUGCUAAGCUUCAGCUCUUGGGACACGCCCACCUAUAAGCUCGAAAUGAAAUUGCAUGUGCGCAACAAUUCGAUGUCAUCCGUGACAACGGUGCUCGAGGAGGUGCCCGUGCCGCAAUGGCAUCUGAUCUUCAUACAAAAUCCGAGCAAGCGCCGCAAUGGAAUGAGAUCGGACACGGUUCGUACAAUCUACAAUUCGACGAUCAAGACGUGUGAUUUUUGGAAAUACAUACGACGCGUGAAUGCGUGGAAUAAUGCAGCCAAGCUGAUCAUAUCGGGCGGCGGCAGCAACAUGAGUCUCGACUGCCCCCUAAAGCGCGGCACCUACAUGAUGAACGUCAUCCAGGUGCCGCCCGACACAUCCAUACUGAAGUUCAUGUAUCAGCCGAAUGCGAUCUACACGGUGCUCGGCACCGUCUACUCACUGAAUCCCAAAAAUGGCAGCAGGCGGGCCAUGUGCCACUACGAGGUCAACUGCACCAUCAUCAAGCACUGUUAAUCAGUCGAGUUUUGUUUAAUAACUCUCCUUUUUUUUUUGGCUUUUUUUUUUACUAGUUU